UGUUUCCUGCCGGAGAACGGACCUCAGACCGGAAGAGGAUGGCGGCGACCGCUCUGAAGAGGUUUUGGGCCCGAGGACGCCGAGAAGCGGGAGACGCGGCGGCUGCCAAGCCCGGCGUGUGGGCGCGGCUGGGCGCCUGGGCCCGCGCGCUGCUCAGGGACUACGCCGAAGCCUGCCGGGACGCGGCGGCGGCGGCGCGGGCGCGGCCGGGGCGAGCGGCGGCGUGGGCGGCGCUGCUGGGCGGCGCGGCGGCUUGCUGCUCGCUGGCGCCCAGCGAGGCGGCCUUCGAGGAGGCGCUGCUGGACGCGUCGGGGACUCUGCUGCUGCUGGCGCCGGCCACGCGCAGCCGGCCUGCCGAGGGCUUCGUGCAGCGGCUGCUGUGGCUUCGGGGCCGCGGGCGCCUGCGCCACGUGAACCUGGGGCUCUGCUCGCUGGUGUACGAGGCUCCCUGCGACCCCCAGGCCAGCCUCUACCAGGCUCGCUGCCGCUACCUGCAGCCCCGCUGGGCCGACUUCCCGGGCCGGGUCCUGGACGUGGGUUUCGUGGGCCGCUGGUGGGUGCUGGGCGCUCGGAUGCGCGACUGCGACGUCAACGACGAGGAGUUCGCGCACCUGCCCGCGCACCUGCGCGUGGUCGGGCCGCAGCAGCUGCGCUCCGAGGCCAACGAGCGGCUGUUCGACGAGAAGUACCUGCCCGUGGUGCUGACCGCGGAGCAGGUGGACCAGGCGCUGUGGGAGGAGCAGGUGCUGCAGCGGGCGAGGAGAGACCGGCUCGCCGCGAGCGAGGCGGAGGCCGCGCGGUGAAGCCCCGCGGCGCCGUGCCCGGGAGCGCGACCCCCGAGCCGAAGACGUCGGACUCGUCCCGUGCGUGGACCUGGCCCCCUGUUUGCAUGACGGACGCCCCCGCUUGUGUCUUGUGUUUACUUUGCAAUAGAAGCUGGAAAAGUA